AAGCGACUCUGACCUAGGAAACACACAUUGAUGGGCUGAGACAGUUCUGGCCGUCACCAUGGGGUUUCAGAUCAGUGGUCCUCUUUUGUGUCUUGUUGUGAUGGCUUUGUUACUGCCCGGUGGCCUUGCACAUCAAGAACCUCGUCAAUUCCUUCUUCUUAAGCAAUUGAUGGGUGACAAUACCAGGAGGAUAGCUGUUAUUCAGGACAAACAGAGACUGGAAAUUGAGACACUGAAACGUGGACUUAACCAUCGUAUUGAGGAACGUGUCAAGUAUCUUUUCCGGAAGUGGGCUGGGAUGCCUGAAAUACCAAUCUACUGCCCAUAUCCUGUGUUGUCUGAUAAAUUACUGGAGGUGGGUUGUAAAGGGCCAUUCACGGAGGGUCAGACGUGUAAGCUCAAGUGUCCCAUGUCAGUUCCACUGAGGGGACCUGCUUACAUCACGUGCACUCGAUCUGCAAAUGACUAUACAGGCUACUGGGCGGCAGUCGACGGUGAAGAGCCAAAGUGUGAUGUACCAACAUGUCCACCACUGCCAGCACCUCGCAAUGGUGCUCUUGUUUGUGAUAAAUGGUCCGGCGGUUCAUCUUGCCAGCUACAGUGCAGAGAAGGAUAUGACAUUUCAAUCAGUAAAAACUUCAUGCAGACCGCUUUCCUCUGCUCCCGUGAUGGUGUUUGGAAUCACCAGAAUGUACCACAUUGUACAUAUCGUGAGUUUGGCGACAGAUUCAGGUUGCCGGAGAAUUACUAUUUUACGGGACAGUGCAAUCCUGGUAAUAUAGAAGUGAAGGAAUCAUUUCUGAAGGAGGUAACUAAGUCAGCUCUUUGCCCGGAUAGUAAGUAUUGCAAAGUGGAAAAUGUGGAGGUCAAUUGCGGCGAAGAAGAUGAUGAUGAAGAUGAAUGGGACUUCUGAUUCAACAUUCAGAAUUGCCCUAUUACAGACGCAUGCUAACUUGUAUAUCACUUGCCCGGACUUUUCUCUUGUUUGUAUUCUAAACUCAGAACAUAUUGGCUUAAUCUAAGCCUUUCCGUACGCACUACAUAUUAUUUACAGAAUCAUAUAGAUGUGCUACUUAAUUUACAACUGCGACGGAGCAUGACAACAUAGCUCUACUGACUGACUGAGUUUAGUUUUACGCCGCUUUUAGCAAUAUUCCAGCAACAUCACGGCGGGGGACACCAGAAAUGGGCUUAACACAUUAUGCCCAUGUGGGGAAUCGAACCCGGGUCUUCGG